AUGAGCGGCUGUGACAGUGACUCCGACUGGUCUGAUGCUCCUGAGUUAGAAGAAGACGAAAUUGUCAAGUGCAGAUCCCUGUUUAGUUUGUUUGAGGGAAGCGUAGAGGAAUGCCUAGCUUCGGAUAAGAGGGUUUUUGGCUGGAGCUUAGAUGAGUUGAAAAUUGGGGAAUACGAUUUCAUAAAAGUCAUCAAUUACUGCCGUGUACAGAAAUUUACUGAAGCCCCUUCAAAAGGCGCGUUGGAGGGCGAUUUAAAAGCUGAAUGGGACAAAGAUGAGUUUUACAAGCCCGUUAUUCCCGAUGAUCCGUUCUUGAUGCAUCAGUGGGUCAAAGAUGAUGAUGAUGAUCUGAUGGCGAGUGGAGAUAAUAAAGAUAUCCCAAGUUCUAUCACGGCCCAAGUUGAUGUCCAACGACGCCAAGAAGAGAUCAAAAAGCUUCUCGAAGAAACUGAAAUCGGCCAAGGGCGUCUCAACGAUGGAUACUUUGAUUCAUACGCUGAUUAUGGCAUUCACGCUGAAAUGCUUCAAGAUAAAGCGAGAACAGAAGCCUACAGAGACGUGAUUUUGAAAAAUCAGCAUUUGUUCAAGGACAAAGUCGUGGUAGAUGUUGGAUGUGGAACUGGUAUUUUAUCCAUGUUCGCCGCUCAGGCAGGCGCGAAAAUUGUCUACGCUCUAGAAAUGUCAGAAAUCGCAUUCGACGCGAUUGACGUUGUUCGUGAAAAUGGCUUGGCCGACAAAGUGAAAGUCAUCAAAGGCAAGGCCGAAGACAUCGCUUGCACUCUGCCAAAAGCCGAUGUUAUCAUUUCGGAAUGGAUGGGCUACUGCUGUUUAUACGAAGGAAUGUUGGAUACAGUGCUCGACGUGAGGGACAAAGUGAUGCGACAUGGAGGGCACAUGAUGCCGGGAACAGCUGGACUCGACUUUUUCGCAGUGAGCAGCGAGAACUUGUGGCAUACUCAUAGAGGGUUUUGGGACAAUGUCUAUGGCUUCAAAAUGAAGACGAUGAAAGCUAGAGCGCAUAAGGAAGCAAAAGUGCUUGAAAUCAAAUCAUCAGAAGUGGUCUCUCCGCUAGAACGGCUAAUCGAGUGGAAUUUAAAUACAUGUACAAAGGAAGAUCUUUCUUUCUCCAAAAAGCUGUACCUGGAAAGUAAUAUUGAAGGAGAGCUUCACGGAAUUGGCUGUUCUUUCGAUUGUGACAUGGUUAAAGUCGAUGACGACGAGACGACGAAUCCGUACUUGGCGCAGUUGAUGGGAAAGACUGUUGUCAAGGAAAGUGCGGAAAGUGUCCCAGAAACAUUCGUCAAUGUUCUCUCAACAUCGCCUUACUCGACUCUUACGCAUUGGAAGCAAACGCUGUUCAUGUUUGACUCACCGGUACAGGUCAAAUGUGGCUCGGCGAUAGAAGGAACCGUGAAAAUCUCGAGAAGAAGAACGAACGACCGCGAACUUGAGAAACUAACGAACUGUUGGGUCGGAACCGGUCGCAUGUCCGCAUCACGGACGCGGAAACGACGUGAACCUGGAUGGGUUGAAGCUGCAGCAAAAGUGAUCGAAAAUAUCGCAACGGCAAAUGGCAGCACUUUGUCGAAGCCACUUGAAAUUGACAUCGCCGAUCUGCUCAAACAGAUCCAAAGUGCCAAGCUCAAGACAAUAAAGGGCUCAAUUGAUGAGCGCGACGCCCUGCGCCGAUCAUUAGAGCAAGCGCAAGACCAAUUUUACUCCGAAAAUGAUAAAUUUGGUCUGUUGAAGUUUCGACCCAAAGUUGAAUCCAAGAGCAAAACUGGAACGAAGCGCAAGAAUCAAUCAAUUUCUGGGAAAACAUCCUCCUAUGAAUCGUCACAAAGAGGGAGACCGAAGAAGAAGAAAGAUAACUUUUCCGAUGUCAGGCAGAGAAAAAUAUCAACAGAGGAUCUCCUUGCUCCGGAAACGCCUCUCACUGGGGUGAAUUUGAGAGAAUUAAUCAACGAGGAGGCUUUUCAUGGGCUCGGCCAGCAUCAGAAGUGGGAGUUACUCAAGCUACUCCCUUCUUGUGAUGUAGAAAUCGACGAAAGUGGAAUGCCAUCUACAUCCCGCGACGCUUUCUCAAACGAGUUUUUCUCGCGUUCACUUCAAUCUUUUCCUGAAAGAAUCGCCGACGGUGAAUUUACCUCCGCCGUGAAAGCCCGUCUGAACAUAGAAAGUGGGCGCCGUAGAAUCGAUCCGUGGAAAGAGAAAUUCUUCGAGGAAAAAUGGGGAGAACUCAUGAAAAAGGAAGAUCCUCGGAAAGACGCCCAAGCGGAGAAACUCCGCCAUCUUGAAAACGCCAUUUCUAAGCUAAGUACACGAUGCUCGCCCAAGAAGUACACACCUGAUCGCACUGAAACUUUGUCGCCAAAAACAGAACCUAAACAAGAUCCAGCGCCUUUUCAUUUACCUUUACAGCCUUUUUCGCCCGUUUCGCCUACUGAAGAGAAUGUCAUCAAGUCCUGGCAGGCGAUUCAAGCAGUCAAAACCUUAUCAAGUCCCGAGCAUAAAAAACCCGAGCAAAACUACCCUGUUACUACUACGCAAAGAUUAAUAAAAACUCCUCCGAUUUCCUCCGCCAACGAACCAAAAGCGGUCCCAUUCAACGUGAUUCGAUCGGUUGUACCUGCAGUUAAUGUACCGCCAGAUCUUUUGAGGAAGGACAACGGCGUAAAAGUCUCACAGAAGAUGGUGAUAGUUUCGCGCCCUAUUAUCGUCAAGGCUGUGGUGAGCUCGAUGCAACAAACGCAACAUCAUGGCAGCUCAGUCAACGUCUCUCCGGCGACGUCCUCUCAAGUUUCCUCCGACUCGCCUGCUUCUAGAGGUCCUUCAUGUUCGCCAUCGGCCAACUUAUCAGGUUCAGAGAAUCCUGUCCUUGCGAUUCCUUUUGCAUGCGUCAAAUCGCCGCAGACAAAUCGAAUCACCAGCCCAGAACGACCCAUGCCCCAAAUCCCCAAGAACUGCCCCAAAAUCAGCCCCAAGGUUAAGCCUCUGACGAUGAACCUCCCUCCCAUCCCUCAACUCAUCCCAGCGCCGCAUCAAGGCACAUCUCAAAAUAUCAAGAAAGGACUGACCUUAGCUGAGAUGCGGGCAAACAUUCAGGAGCGGCGGCAAUCUGUAAUACGUUACUGUCCCUCUGGUUCUGCGAUCCCGACGAGAGUUAUAAAAUCUCUACAACAGGCGGUUCCUUCCGAUCGCGUGCUCAUCCUCUCUCCCGUUUCCAGAAAACCAGGAUCGAACUCGAGCCGCCCUCAAUUCCGCCUUGACUGUGGCCCUUCAAGUUCCAAACAAGAACAGACCUACCGAUCACCUACGAAGCUGCAGCGUGCGCCGCUUACGACCAGUGUGAUCCAAACACUUCAAAUCGCACCGAGCAGUUCACCAAAGAAGACUUACGUGAUCAAAGUCAACCCCGCAGUGACUCCGUACGAACCCUCCAAAAGCUCGAGCAGCAACGGCCAGCAGCAAAGUAUUCCGCACUUGCAUCACCACUUGGCAGCGGCACGAGGCCACAGUUGCAAGAACACCGGGGCUUACGCGCAAUGCGAGCGCUGCAAAAACCUGUUCAACAUGCCAGAGUCGAAAAUCCGCCACAAGUUCCUCUGCUUUAAUUGCUCCAAGUAG